AUGAAACAGACGGAGGAAAAAGACUCCGAGAAGGAAAAGAUGUCGAAGUCUUGGACUACGGCCAAUCUGAGGAAUUUGGGGCGAAAACCCCAACAACAGAAAACCAAACUCCCGAUUCAGGAGACAGAAGGUUUAAAGAACUCCUGGCUAACUUUACCCAAACAAUCUCAAGACUCGUGCGAGAGCGUUCCGCUUUACAGCUCCGUGGAAUCCACCACUCACCGGGACAGGGGCAAGCAGUCAUCGCGGAGUUCCAUAGGAAAGGACGAGGCAGGAGAAGAAAGGAAGAUUCAAUUCUCUCUGAGCCUCACACCGGAGGCCAUUCUCGUUAUUCAGAAGCGCAGCUUAGAAAAACAGAUGCUAGCCAAACAGCAGAAGGGUUGUGUGUCCGUGGACUUUCGGCACAGGCGAGUCUUUCCAUCCAAAAGGACUCAAGGUGGUUCCAAAAGCACGACCAACCCCGAUCCCAAUCUGGAACAUGCAGAGGACAUUACAACCAUAGUAAAAAUCUCUUUACUAAAUGAUCAGUAUAAAUACGAUGACGUGGAAUAUGAAGAAGACGAUGGCGACGUGGAUGAGACGGUGGCAGAGGAUGCAGACAGGCCUCAGCGUUGGAGGAAGAAGCUGACCCAGAGGCAGACUGGGACUGGGCCUGGGGGUCAGGAUCACCCUGGUUCUGAUAGUGACCCAGACAGCAUCAGUCGCCAGGCUCUGCUGGAUCAGCGCCAUCUAGAGGCGUACAGAAACAUGCACCGUCUCAGAGACGUCCUGUACCAUCGAUACUCUGCCAUGCUCAGAGAAAAGAUACACACACAGAGACAGGAGAUACAACGACGUGCGGAGGCAGCUGGGGCAGUCACGGAGGACAAACACACACCGAAACUGAGGAAGCUGACCUGUUCUACUCUCUCCCAUGACAACACAUACCUGAGGUCUCUUCCUCAAACCAGCUACUACCUGAUCUUGGGCCUUCAGAACCAGUUGUCUCGGCAUGGUUGUCUGAAGUCCCUCCAGGACCAAGAGGACUUUUGUUUCAAGGUUAACCACCACAACCACAACCGUGGUCCAGUCCAGCUGCAGAGAACACUACAGGAGAUCAGGAAGAGGAUGAUUGGCAGCCAAUCUGCACCUGAUGUGAUGUCAGCGGGAUGGGGGUGGAGCCAGCAGGAGAUGUUAGGACAGCCCACUAGAAUCCACGUCACCACCGCGGAGAGAGGACACCUGGACCAGAUUGUCCUUCCAGAGACAGGGAGAAGGCUUAUGCCGGGAGAGAGACUUCCAGAAAGAGAUCUUCGAGAGAGACUUCCAGAAAGAGGGCCUGGGGAGAGACUUCCAGAAAGAGGGCCUGGGGAGAGACUUCCAGAAAGAGGGCCUGGGGAGAGACUUCCAGAAAGAGGGCCUGGGGAGAGACUUCCAGAAAGAGGGCCUGGGGAGAGACUUCCAGAAAGAGGGCUUGGGGCGAGACUUCCAGAAAGAGGGCUUGGGGAGAGCUCUGCAGCCUGCCUCCUCUCACAGCAGCAGGAACAGGACGAUACUGAGAAAAUGUUUCCCAAAGGGAAGUUUCCCAAGUUUGCAACCCUUCAGCCUAGUUUUCUGAAGAACUUGAAGACGGUGAUGCCAACUGUGGGAGUUGAGGAGAUACCUGAGAAGAGUAAGAGAGCAGAGAUGACAGUGAGGAGGCUGAGACACAUGCACACCCUGUCCCUUAUCAACAUGGCUGUCUCUCAGAGACUGCUGCGGGACAGAGACAGACACUCACUGUGCUGCUGUGACGAGAAGAGGAGUGUCCAAGAUCUGGUGAGUAAAGGGCUUUCCACACAGGAAUUGAAGCUCCGGAGCUCUGCCUGGAUAGAACUCCUAUUCCAUUGA